AUGUGGAGUCCUCUAUUCAUUUCUCAACCAUCAUGGGAUUUAGGUGUGUAUUUACCAAGUGAAUUAGAUUUUGAAGAUACAAUAGUUUAUCAAUCACCUGAAGUAUUGUUGCGUUCAUUUAAUAUUAACACGGCAUCAUCGGCUCAUCGAUCAGAAUCAGAAUUAUUUGAUCUAAUCAAUAAUGAUAUGGAAGCUAUAUCGACGCUAACAGAUAGUGAUAUAUUAUCAAUAGAUGACAAUACCUUCGAUACAAUGGAUGUUGCUGCUUAUUUUUCGGGACAAUGCACAGUAGCAUCUCAUAUACCGAUUGUAGACAAUAAAAAAACAUUACAUGAUAAUAAACCAUUACCUGUUUCAUCAAAUCGUGCAUACAAAAGUCAAAAAAAAAAUUAUGUGUUAUCAUCUGAAUUAUGUAUACCUUCAAAAUUCAUGAAUAUAAAAGAAUUUCAUGUAUAUGAUAACACAACAGGACGAUUUCGUCGACCAUUAUUACAUGAAUUUAUUCGAUUAAUAUUAGAAAAUGAUGAAUAUUCACAUAUUGCUGAAUAUAUUGAUCGUAAACGAGGUAUUUUUAAAUUAUAUCAACCAGAUGUAGUUGCUGAUUUAUGGAAGCAAGUGAAAGGACGUAAUAGUGAUAACAAUAUGACCUAUGAUAAAUUAGCAAGAGCUUUGCGUUAUUAUUAUGGAAAUGGUAUAAUGUAUCCUAGUCCUGGACGUUUUACAUUUCGAUUUGGACCAAAAUCUGGCUUUGGUAUUUCAUGGCGGCCAGCUGAUUAA